CCUUGCUCAAAUCUAACAUCUAACAUACACAUCGGACAUAUUAGUUAAUGAUUUGAAUUAACAAUUAAUUGAUCUGGACCUAGUUUGAUCGUCCUUAUACUCUGCAGACGUUUUUUUUUAUGAACUGACCUGCCUAAACCGGGUAUAUUUGGGAUGUCGCAAGAGGUAGUAGGGAGCAGCUGCCGUUACCAAGGUAUCAAGGGCUUUAAAUCAAUAAUCUAGUCCAGACGGUUGUGCACGAGUGCAUUCAUUCAGCCUUGACACUUGUUUGAGAACAAAGUAUGUGCAAGUGAACGAACUUUUAUAUUUUUCUAAUUAACGCACUUACUGAGAAAAUAUACUUUCGGCUAAGCAACUUCAGUUUUUUAGAUCCAAUACGAUCUUUAAAAAAGAGGCUCGGCUCGUUCCAAUUUUUGAAUCAGUCGUUGGCUAAGCAACGAGAAAAAUUUAGGAGCCACGAGAAGAACAUCGAUAAGUCUAUAUAAUGGGAGUUGUGCAAUUGUUUCUGCGUCUGUUGAUUAGAGUGAGACAGAAAAAUGGGUUUUGAAAAACGAACAUAUCAAAGAAGAAAUCCGAACCGGGUGCUAAGUUUUGAAGGCGGACAUACAAGUGUUUAUAAAGUUAGGGAUACUCAACAUUGAUACCCUGUCAUUAUAGCUUUUCCAUUUUCACUACAACCUGCAGCAAGCUCUAUGAAAAAGAAAAAACUACGCAGCGGACUGGCCUUGAGAAAAAAAUUGGUAAUAAAUAAAGUUUCCACCAACCAUCCACCAGAAUGACGGACUGUCCUUGCGGAUCCGUAUGUCCUGUUGAACCGCCUCCAAAGUCCGAGUCCGACAUCGCUGUCUCUGAGCCCAAACCUAUACCAAAAAAAGGUAAACUCAGCCGGGAGGAUAGAAUCGCAAAAUUAAUCGAACAGUGUCAGUAUGGCGUUGUUAAACGCCUAGAUCUAAGAAAAUGUGAGAUAACUGUGCUGCCGCUAGCUGUGCGAGACUUGACUGAUUUAACCGAACUGUACUUGUGCAAUAACAAAUUAGCCUAUUUGCCGCAGGAUAUUGGAUACCUUCGAAACUUAUAUACGUUAGCUCUGAACGGCAACUACUUAACAAACCUGCCCACCUCUUUAGCCGAUUUGAAAAACCUGCAGAUUUUGGACCUACGCCAUAACAAACUGAACGAAAUACCGCAGACCAUUUACAGAAUCACGUCACUAACAAUCCUUUUGUUGCGGUUCAAUCGCAUCACAAGCAUCGACGACGCUAUUAAAAUGUUGCCGUCUUUGGCAAUGCUGAGUUUGCGCCAUAACAAUGUCAAAGAGUUGCCGGCUUCGAUUGGAAAUCUCAGGUCUCUUUUGACUUUAGAUGUAUCGUACAACCGACUCGAGCAUCUGCCGAAAGAAAUCGGACGUUGUGUUAAACUCAGGAACCUCGACGUGCGGUAUAACGAACUUCUGGACCUUCCUUCGUCUCUUGGACAACUACCACGUCUAACCUGUUUGGGUAUAAAACACAACCGGUUAACUUUUGUCCCUGCUUCGUUAAGCAAGUGUGAAUGUCUAACCGAGUUUAAUAUCGAGGGAAAUUCAAUUUCGGAGCUGCCUGAGGGUUUGUUGUCGGGUCUUAGUGAAGCGACGACGGUCAUUUUGUCCCGGAAUAACUUUUUAACGUACCCUUCGAAAGAGCCGUCGCAGUUUCGGCACGUCAAAUCGCUAGAUCUGGCGAACAAUCAAAUUGAUAAAAUCCCGCAAGGCAUUUUCGCUCAAGCUAGAAACUUGACCAAACUUAACAUGAAAGACAAUUUUCUCAUUGGGUUACCUUUAGACGUCGACUCGUGGACAAAUAUGGUUGAACUAAAUUUAAGCACCAAUCAGUUACGUAAAGUACCGGAUGAUAUAUGCGCGUUAAACUCGCUGGAAACUUUAAUUCUGUCCAGUAACCUUAUAGAACGUGUUUCUCCGCACAUACGGGAGCUAACCAAUCUCAGAGUAUUAAAUUUAGAAGGCAAUCGAUUGACAGAUUUGCCUGAUGAUAUAGGAGAGUUAACAAACUUGCAGAAAUUGAUGUUGCAAAGUAACCGACUUUGCUUUUUACCAAAAACAAUAGGCGCUUUGACGAAACUAGAAUUUUUAAGUGCCGGCGAGAAUAAUCUGUAUGCUUUACCCGAAGAAAUCGGGAACUUAGAAAAUUUGGAAACGCUACAUAUAAAUGACAACCCCUCACUAAACUUGUUACCGUUUGAAUUGGUGCUGUGUCCAAAGUUGUCGACAGUCAAUGUGGUUAAUUGUCCAUUGUCCAAAAUCCCGUCUGAUGCAGUGGCAGGAGGGCAGUCUCUGAUCUUAGAAUACCUGAAAAUUAAUGGCCCCUAUUGUGCACCGUAGGUCGCUUAUUCUCGUAUUUAUUUAUUAGUUUAUUGUUAUUAAAAUUACGAAGUAGUUCAUUUUAUUAAUCUACUAAAUCUAUUUUGUUGUUGGUUUGGUUAUUUCUUUUAAUUUCGUUAAACAAGAAAAAAUUGUAUGGGCAAAUUAAAUGUUUCCUAAAUCGAUGGCUGAUAUUGGGGUAAAAAUAUACAUAUCAAUUGUCCUUGGUUUGAAAUGGUUGGCCUAUCAACGACAACUUCACUUUGGUGAACGUUACAGGCAGCUCAUAAAAUUUGUGAUCCUUUUAUACGACUUAAUUUUUGUAGAAGUGCUUACACGUCCAUUACUUAGUACUAAAAAUGUACUUAACAUUUUCGACUGUAAGUACUGUCACAUACCACAUUAUUCCCUCCUUAAUGUCGAUAAACUGUAACACGAGAAGUCGAUUAGACUAUAUACUUAGCAGAAGUGAUAAUCAAAUAUAUAGUUGAAAAACAAUAAGGGACAUUGUUGAAAUUACCGAUCAAGAAAUGUUAAUAAUUUAUGGAAUUAUUAAACAUCGAAAUUUUAGAUGACUAUUUUUAUUGAAGACUGAUAUUCUAUAAAUACUAGAAAUAUAUAGUAAUGCCAGUGUUAACUGCUGGUGUAUUUUUGCAUAUGAAAGUUAUUUCGGAAUCUAUAUUAAUAAGAAUUUCCAUCAAUUCAUACUGAAGUCACUGUAAACACUUGGCUAGAGAAGUGAUGAUACCAAAUGCUUGUCAUACUGAGCUACAGAACAAUAAUGAAUACAACAUUUUGCAGAACGUUUUUUAAACUCCAAUAGAAAUACCGAUAUAAUAAUAUAAGCAAUUUCAGAGACGCUUACCAAUUAUGUAGCAAACAAAAAUAAUAAAUUAACUGGAAGUAUAAGAUCCAUAUUUUACAAAGAUUACAGUCGCAGAAAAUACCAUUGUUAGGUAAUCGUUUUUGCAGAACUGCCACUUUUAUACAAAACUGUACUUCCAGUAUAACUUUAUUUCUUCUUCUGAUGGCAAUAAUCAGAGUUAGGCAUAGCCGAAGUGAUGGGCAAUCAACUAGACAAAUAUUAAAAACGACGGCGCGACGUCAGGCGAUAAAUUUGGCUAGCCGACUGUGCAGUCUCAACCGCAAAUCAGGGUUUAUCUAAUCAAGAUUAUCACGAAAAUUGUGACGUUGAACAGUCAUUUUUAAUUUUUAAAGCAACUUAACAUAUAGGAAAAAAUCGAGAAAAGUAGUAAUUGUUAUUAAGAAUUCCCAAAGUUGUACGCCACGACUGCAAUAGCGCUGGCGAUCGGUUGGCGAUGAUCAUCACUUCCGCAAUGCCGAAGUCUGAUAAUAAUCAUCUACCUGUCUAUACAUAUUUCCUUAACAUUUGUAACUGAAAAGGAGAAAAAUUAUCAAGGUUAAAGUUCUCAUGGUAAUAUACCCUUAAAUAUAUGACAUAAUUAAAAUGAUUUAGUAAAAUAGAUAUGUAAUUAAAGUUACUCUGUCCUGUUCUAGAUGUUGUGUUAACGUGAAAAAAAUCUGUUAAUUGAUCGUAUACAUGUUAACUAUCUCUCAUUAUAGAAUUGGGUAGUGAAGUGUACAUGUAUUAAAUUAUUAAUUGUAACUCUGAUCAUAGGCGGACAUGAGGGACGUACAAAAAACAUAAAUAAAUAAAAGGGACUAAAUCAUAAAAUAAGCGUAUCUUAUAAAUCGAAGGACAUCGUCGUCUUUAUUCAGAAGUGAUUGAAAACAUCUCAAUUUCUAACGCAAUUCAGCCUCGAUUUAAUUCUUCUUCCAUAUUAUUGCCGCAUCGUUAUUUUUACAAACUAUCCCAAUGCGUGAGCUUCUUCCAGCUAGGUACUACUAUAGGGUUCAAAAUAAUAUCAUUUGCUUCCUCAAUACAGUAGAUCAAGUUUUUCUAUUUUUCCCAUUUCCAAAAUUUCUUAAAAAAAAUAAUGGAUAUUUUUCCAUUACCCACAGCAUUUGGGUAAACACCUUUUUCUUUCUCAUCUUCCAAUUCUAGUUGUUUGUUUAUUUAUUUUUUUUUUUUUUUCAAAUAGUGUAAUAUCGAAGAAUGAAAUCGCUUCUCAAAACAUUUUCGUGGUGUCAUUGACUGAACCAGAGGAUAAGGGUUCAAUGUGAGACGAUAAAGCUCCAGCGCAAUUACACCCUCCAUCCAGUUUUUGUUUAGUUUUUCUUUGCCAUCCUAGGGCAAGAUAUUUUUUUGAGAAAUUAUCGAACAUUUCCUUACUAGAAGAAUAAGUUACUGUGAAUUUCUCAGCAGUCGUAUUUCUGUCGGUCGCGAUUUUUUUAAUCGGUGUAAAGAUAAAAUUUGCUAAAAAAUCUUUUUUAUU